UAAGCAAAAAAUCAUAUUUUUCUUCGAGUUUUUUAAUUUUGAACUCAAUAAAAAUGCGUUUAACUGAGUUUCUUUUGAAAAGAAGCGUCAACGGAUACAUUUUCCGUGGCAAAGAACGUCUCGUGAAGCCCGUUUCUCGUCGGAGUAUCGAAACAUUGCACAAAGAAUACCAAAUGCAGGAAAGAAAUAUGCUUUUGUUGAGACAUCCGUACCUCACAGUAGAAGAAUCACACGGUCACGCCAAAGCUUUGGGAAAGAAGGAAAAAGUGUUUGAACGAUGGAACAAACAUAAUUUAGUGGGAAAAAUGAAGCCUCAUGUUGUCUUGGAGAAGCGAUUAGGUCAUUUGGCAGUGAAAGAUUGUUGGGAUUAAAUGUUGGUCCCGAUUUAUUACACGUAGUUUUAGCAAAAAAAUUAAAAAUAAAUAAUAAUAACACAAAAAUAGUACAAAAAUUUUUAUCAUAUUUA